AUGUUUCGUCGCGUUUCGCUCUACUCUCCCUCCAUAAUACAAACACACCUUUUCUUACUUUAUUUCUCUCGAUUACUACAUCUGUUUACUCUCUUCCCCACUCUCUCUUUCUCUCUUAUUUUAAUGCCCCUCCCUAACAUUCAUAACACUUUCUCUCUCUUAAUCACUCACUUUCAUUCUCACUUUCUUAAUCUCCCUUCCCAAUACGUAUAUAUUUACCCUUUCUCGAUUUCUUUCUGUCGGUCACUAUUUUUCCUUGCCCCUCUUCCCUUCGCCCUAUUCCUUACUUUAUAUUUCUCUCUAACAUUUCCUCUUCCUUGUUUUCUUUUACUCGAUCAGUACCACUUACUUCCACUCUUUCCUCGUCACUCUCUCUCUCUCUCUCUCUCUCUCUCUCUUAUCUUAACCUCCCUUCUUAACAUCCAUAUGCUCAUCCUUUCUUUUGAUCAUUACUCUUUAUUCUUCAAAUACCUCCUCUUCUUUUGUCUCUCUCUCUCUAACACUCAUAUAUACACCCUUUCUAUCCAUUCUCUCAUUCACUACCCCCUCAUUCUUCUCUUUCCCCUCUUAAUCUACCCCUCACAUACUUACUAUUUAUCGUUAAUAUCUCUCAUUCUCACUCUUUCCUUUUCUUUGCCACGUUUCGUCUCUCGUCUCCUCCCUGUCCUCAUUUAUCACUUUCUUCUGCUUCCCGUUUAUAACCUCAGGGCCGGGCACCCCACCGGAGACACACAGAUAGUCAUCUAUCCAAACGCAAAUAAACAAAGCUUAUUUUUCUUCACCCUGGACCUCAUUUUUUUCUAA